CAACGCUUUUGGAUUCACAGAUCUCUCCCGUAUCAUUUGGCCACCUCGAGUCUGCUGUUGGGCAGUGACAGGCAUCAUUAUUCAUUAACACGCCUCGGCUGAAGCUCAGCUUUUGACUUGCUAGUCCUUGACUAUUCAAAGUCCGCCGAAGCGUUUCUAAGCACUCAAAUCAUGUCCGGUCAUCCUCCAUUACCCAACUGGUUGUACAACGAGGCGAAUCUAGUCACGCAUCAGCCCAGAGCUCGAGACCCUAUGCGCCCGUCAGUUGAAGCUACAGACUCUUCCUGCUCGACUCGUUCAUCCCGCUCUUUCCAGACCAUCCGCUUCAUGUUUGACCCACUUCGGCUGCGAGGAGGUUGCAGCGUCAACGGCAGUUGCGAUUGUCUUGAGGACCCAGUUGAGAAGGACAGGAAGAAAAUGCAGAUCCAUACACAACCACCGCACUGGCGACAAUCAGAUCUGGGCACUCGAUCCAUCGAGCUCGAUACCCGGAGUCGACGAACCUCUUUCUCAGUCCCUCAACAUCGCAUAGACCACAUCACUGAUCCUUUGAGUCGUGCACAGACUCAUCAGACGGAUCGGUCAGUCAACCUCGGUCUGAGACAGGCUCUCAAGGACGAUCCGGCAUUCGGAACGAUCGAUGCGACGGGUUUCCCACCUGGAUCCACUAGUCCUGCUACGGGCAGAGCGAGUCCAGUAUGAGGAUGUGUGUUCGCUUAGUAGGAGGGGUAUGACCCCUACAUAUCGACCACUGCUGAUGUGCAGUAUCGGCACAGCUCGAGACACCAUGCGAACAAGACUACUCCGAUAAGCCUCUGUUGAAGGGUUUUCUACCUGUGUCCUGACCUUCUCUCCAUUCUCCCUUCGUAACAUACGCUGUACCUGUUCAUUCUAGUUUCAUGGAUCCAGGUCUCAGUUUAUAAUGCUAUCGAUGCAGACUU